AUGCCUGCUGUUCGCCAACGCCUCCGUCAUUCUGCACGACUUGGAGGCAACCCUCCAGUGCGCUCCAGAUCUAAAGCAAUGGAUCCCGAGCCAUCAAUAUCAAGGAUACAACCACCUCCCCCCAAUCCCAAACCCAAGAUGACGAUUCAGUGGCAGAGUGACAACACUCUCACUGAUGCCUUGGUCACCUGGCUCACUGAACACCCUCCCAACUGUCAUAUCUUAUUCUACUCUGAUGGCAAGAAAUCUCUGGAUUCAAACUCUUCUGAUCGUCCCUCAGGAAAGGAUAAGUCUCAAAUCUGCUCUGUUAUUGCCCAGGUCAUCUUUCAACAUCACGCAAAAUAUGGGUCUGAAUAUGCAAACAGUCAUAAGAAAUUUCGCGACUCUGUCAACAACCAUAUCACCAGUCUUAAAAACAAAUACAAGCCCCUUAAGGCUAAGUUUACUGCAACUGGUGCUGGUGUAGUCCCUCUUGAUGAUGCCUCUGCUAAAAACCUACAAGAAGAAGUCUGUCGUGAAUUUCCAUGGUACAAUGAACUUGACGCCAUCUGGCACUCAAACCCCUCCUUUGCAGCAAAAACUACGUUGUCCAAGCCCGGCAUUGACCACACCGAUGACAUGUACAGCCUAGUGCAUCCGCAUGGCAGGGCUGGCCCCUCUGCGCAUACCAGGGGUGCCACCAGGGCUCAGCCCCCCCCUCAUAUUGCUUCUCCUAGCUGUCCAUUCACUGAUCCGCAAAUUGAUCCUCGCCUGCUAGCACCCACUGCUCCCAUUCCUGCCGCUGCUCCCGUUCAUUCUGCCGCUGCCACUGCUCCCGUUCCUUCUGCCACUGCUCCCGUUCCUUCUGCCACUGCUCCCGUUCCUUCUGCUCCCGCUUUCCCCGCUGCUCCCAUACCUCCCAAUGCUGACUCAGAUAUCACCAUGGACCAUGAUCCUGACCUUGACGAUGACAAUUUAUAUUCUUCCGCCUUCCAUUCCCCUCUUGGCGACGCGCUAGACCACUUGGAUGAAGACCACAUGGAUACUGAUACCCCGCGCCCUAUUUUUGACCUCAACAGCCCUCCGAAGGUUGCUGGGAAGAAAUGA